AUGACAUCAACAUCAUUUGUACUACAGAGCAAAAUUACGCAUUAUGAAACAGCUAAUAUCCAAACAUUAUUUUGGUCAACUGUGAUCAAAUUAUUAAAUGAUGAAAUAAUAUUUAAAUACAAUGAUUUAGAAUCAAUGAGUACUAAAUCAGAUCGGGAAAAACUGUUGCAAAAAUGUAUAGAUUUACGUAAAGAACAAGAAAAGCAAGUGAAUUGUCUAACAAAUGAAAUCAAUGACAUUGAAGAAAAUCUUAUUCGAAAUAAACAAAGUUAUGAAAUACAAAUGCAAAAAAUCAAUCAGCUAUUUCAAAAUGAAGUGAGAGAUCGAAAUGAAGAGAUAAGCCGAUUGAAGGAUGACCUUGAAAUCCAGUUACUUCUUUUGAAACAAAUUGAAAAAUGGUUAAAAGCAACACGAGGAUGGAUUUUAAUUAGAAAAUAUUUCUAUGAACAGAAAUAUCGUAAAUGGAAAAUGGAAUUAUUACGAACUUAUCAAAUUCGAAAGGCACAUGAGGAAUUCAAUAAGGCGAUAUUCGGUAAUGAAGCUAAUCAUCCAAUAUGGAAAAUAAGUAUAAAUUCAACAACAACAUCACAAAAUCCUACUACUAAUCGCUGGAUCAAUGAACAGUCAUGGCUACAUUAUCGAAAACAAAUUAUUGAGUCACAACUGAGUACUAAAACUAAAGAUGAAAUAAAAUGUAUUCAAAAUAAAUUGAAUGAUUGGAAUAUUAAUCAACAAAUAUUUUAUGAUUUUUUGAAAAGAAAAUCUCUUGAAAAUGAUGAGGUUUAUGCUGGUGAAUUAAAUAAAUUGGAACAAGAACAUGAAUCAACAAAAUAUCCUUACAGUAUAAAUCAUCCAUUACAUAUACAUGAGAAACAAUUGACGAAUAUAUUUAAUCAAAUAAAAACCGUACAACGGUUAAAUGUAAUUGAAUUAAACUCAAAAGAGAAUGACCUACGUUCGUUACUAACAUACAUUGGAAAACUAAAAUUUGAUCUGGAUAAUCGAUACAUAAAAUAUACACAAAUGAGCUCAAAUGAAAUUGACAAGAGAAAGCAAAAGUUAACUGAAUUUUUAAAAGUACUUAAUGAAUUGAAAAAAGAAGAGACUGAGAGAUUAAAUAAAUUGAUUGAUGAAGUAAGAACAAUAAAUAAAACGAGAAAUCGACUUAAAACGGAAUUGAAAUAUUUAAAAAUUAGUCAAAAUAUUAAUGCUUUGCAUCGUUUUACUUAUUUUGAUUAUAGGUUUAAUUUACCUUUAUGUAAAUUAUAA